GUGUCUGCCGUACGACAAUUUGACAGCAUCUAUGUCAUUAAAUUGACUUACAUGGAAAAGAUUUCAAAAUCUUUUUACGCGCCUGACGAGUUUGCUUCAAUUCGCUAUGCCUGGGAUGAGAUUGGCAGAUUCGAUUUCUGAGGUUCCUGCGCUAGGACAGAACCCCCACAGUUGGUUGAACUUUGGUUACAGAAAUGACACCAGAAACCCAGAGGACUACUUCAUGCAACAAUAUAUUUGUCGUGAGGAUAUACAUCACCAUAGAUUUGCCACACUACAGGAAUUUAAAGUGAAUUUCAUGGUCCUUAAAAGGACAUCCUUAGUACCUUCGGUACCAACAAUGGGUGAGCCUGUGAAGAAAAAGCAAAGAGUUGAUGAAAUAACUGACAUAAAUUUGCAGAGUGACGGUGAUACGACUGUGGAGGAGGAAUUGGCUGCGAUACAGCAGCACAUUCUGAAUCAGUGUUUGUGCCCUGUGUCAGAAACAUGUCUGUGGAAACCUUUUCAAGGCGUGAAACUUGUGUCUGAAGAACAAGGAGGUUACCGCAUACCAGUGCUGUCGGAAUGGAGCCGUGACAGAAUCCUGUUAUUUGUUAGCAUAUUGCAGCUUUUAUGUGAAGUUGCUAUUAAACAAAAUUCGAAAGGCACUCUGUGUAGUCGAAUUGGUGAAAUAUGUGACGUUCUAGUUAGGAAUGAAUACGGUUUGAUUGAGCAACUCAUAGAGUUUUCUUCGCACCCAGAUCCCUUUGUAUGCUUCGCUGCUAGCAGAGCUUUGUCAGCCUUUUUAAUAGUGUCUAAAUCUCACGUUAAUCCUACCUGGUUAGAAAGCCUUACAGAAAAUAUUCUCAUUACAACAUUGCCACAAAAAAUUUCUUUUUCUUUAGAAGUAAUUAAACAUGUUGUAGAAUGGAAAGAUAUUGAUAAUCAUCCAUUAGAGGACAACAGUGAGGACAGGCCACCAACUGGUUGUGCUGUGGCGAGUUUAUCUGAUCCAGAAAGCUUGGACACUAGCCAAGUAAAAUGCUUGUGCAUAUAAGCACUAGAAUCUAAGUGGCCAGCAGUAGUCAGAAAAUUUGAUGGAUUGAUAGCAUCAUACUCUAAUGAACAUGAAUCAUCUAUCAUAACAUUCCUUGGUUUGUGGGAAGCAAUCAUUUCAGUUAAAGCAAAUCUAUCUGUAGUUGACACAAAACCUUUUUAUGCCCACUUGGACAGCUUUGUAGGACUGCUCAAUUCAGCUGUUCCUGAUGGCAUUUGGAAACAUUUGUUAGCGUUGUUCAAUGAAGUUCUUUGUUAUGGCAGUACACUUGCAUUGCAGGAUAUAUUGGCUGAAGAACCUUGUGCACUGGCUCAUUUGGUGGUGCGAAGUGUGAAAGACUGGCAUUUGUUGGAUACUCUUCCAUAUCGCGGUGGUAGUGGAAGGUUUGGUGGUGGUGCAGGUGAUGGUGAUCGUCCAUUACUGCAAAAAAUGGUUUUGCUGGUGCUGAAGAGUGUUGCUGUGACUGUGAAAGAAACAAGAUGUGAUAGCUCGAGUGACAGUUCCCUUGGUUCAGAGGCAGAUGAUGUGGAUGCUGACAUGGCUGUCAUUGAACGAAGUAUUAGAGAAGUGCUCUGUCAAUUGGACAACUGUGUGAAGACACUGCUUCCCUUUCACCCUGAAACACCUCUUGCCCAGUGGGUUGUUCAGUUGUUUACAGACCAGGAUGAUGCCUUAAUUGAAGGAAUGGUAUGUUGUUUGGAUGUAGCUGUAGGUUUAUUUUACCGAAGCAGUACUCAGGUUGACUUAGGACGUACAUUGAGUCCAGGAACAACUUUAGUACAGUUUCUUAGAGCUGUUUCUCAUGAUCCAGAUGUGCUACUGGAUCUCCUUGUCUCAAAUGAGACUUGCUUUUUGCUGUACCUGUUACGCUUGUUGAAGUUCAUACGUCGAAAUUGGGAGGACUUUGUCGCUUGUUGUGGUAGAGAACUGGAUGACACGAUGUCUGUUUUAAUAAGAUUACGCCUUGCGAUUGACAGGCUUGUGUCCAAAGCCCUGUUCCCGUAUGAUAUUAAUCCUGUGCUGAGGCUGUUAGAGAAGUGUGAACAGAUGUACGAAGUUAAUGACAGCUAGUAUUGGAUUUAACAGGAGCUCUAUCCUCAGUGAGUUGUGUAUGCCUGUGUUCCUUAUUUUGUGUAGUUGUGAAAUAAUUAGUCUUGUUUAUUCAUAUUUCCAUCAUGU